AUGUCGUCCAACUGCCUCGCCUGCACCGACCCGAUCAACGCCUGCCCGACCUGUCCUGCCGGCCAGAGCUGCGUCCAGACCAGCCGCCUGUGUUCGGCCUGCCCCAAGCGCAUCUGCCAGGACACGGGCUCGAGCAGCACCAAGGGCGGCGGCGGCGGGCCCUCGACCGGCGCAACCGCGGGCGGGGCCGUCGGUGGCGUCGUCGGUGUCGCCGUCGUCCUCGCCGCCGUCUACUUCUUCUGGUGGCGGCCCCGAGGUCUCGCCGCGAGCCGCAAGCGCUACUCGAAGCACCUCUCGCACCGCCAGAGCAAACUCGCCGACAAGCGCAAGUCGCAGCUCGCGCCCGGCGAAACCGACGUCGCCACAAAGCGCUCGUCGGUCCACCUCCACAUCGACACGGCCGGCGGCGACGGCGUCAACCGCCGCAACACGAGCCCCGGCGCGGCUCGCGAGGGCGGCGCGCUCACCCCGGGCAGGACAUCCGAGGACGACAACCCGUUCGGCGACCAGAACCGCUCGUCCAUCGGCGACUUUGACGACUCGAACUCGAUCCACACGUCCGACUACUCGUUCCGCUCGUCCCACACCAACGUCAUCCCCAUCGCCUACAUCCCGCCGCACUCGUCGUCCAUGUCGAUCGCCGACGGGCAGCGCGGCGCGUUCGGCGAGUCGCCCUCGAGCCGCGACCGCGACAGCGACGCGGCGCAGCCUCCUCGCCACGCCCAGGCGCUGCGAGCGUCGAUCCCGACGAGCAUGGCGAGCCGCGACUCGCUCGCGCUCGCCGGCGCCGAGAUCAUCGAGCUGCACCCGCUCCCGCCCGUCCUCACGCCCGACACGCCCGCCGUCCCGCACGGCACGCUCGCCAACGGCGCGCCGAUCCGCCCACCGCGCUCGCCCGGCCUCGACCUCAAGCUGCCCAACACGCCAAAGGUCUCGUCGCCGCUCGCUGGGUCGCCCUCGUCGCCGACGAGGCCCACCUCGAGCGGCGCCCUCCCGCCUGUCCUGCCGCCCUCGAGCGGCAGCCCUGGCUCGUCGCCCAACCUGUCGUUCCUCUCGACGUCGCCGACGGGCGGGCGCGGCAUGUCGGUCCUCGGCGACCCGCGGUCGCGCUCGGCCCAGUCGCACAUGUCGACCAUGACCUCGCGCUCGGCGACGUCGACCAUGUCGUACAUCCUCGACCCGCCCCAAAUCAUCACGCCCUUGUCGGCGCAAGGUGUGCGGCGCGUCGAGCUGCAGAAGGGCCAAGCCGGGCUCGUCCACAUCGGAGGCGCGGGCACGACGCUCGGCGGCGCAGCUCACGACGCGCCGACGACGAGCCCGACAAGCCCGACGGGCAGCGUCGACCCGUUCGACGACUCGAACCGCUCGUCGCUGCGGCACUCGCGCCUCGGGUCGCAGGGCACCGUCACGCCCGGCGGCGACGCGCACGACGACACGCUCCUUCGCUCGCGCCCCGGCUCGUCGGCGACCGACACGUCACGGUGGACGACGGGCUCGGCCCUGUCGGACGAGGGCUCGGUCCAGUUCCUCCAGGGCCAGACGGUCACGUUCACCAACCCGAACUCGCCCUCGGCCCUCGGCGGCGUCGGCGGCGGCGCCAAGAGCCCGCGCCUGCCGAACACGGCCUCGGGCGCAUCGUUCGACGUGCCGCAGAGCGCUCGAUCGUCCGAGGCGUUCGACACCGGGUCGCACGUGCGCCCGCUCACGGGCACGAUGUCGGCCUGGUCGGCGUCGCCCGGCGUCAGCCCCUCGAGCAGCAUGGGCACGGUCCGCGCGACGGCGGGCUCGGGCGCGCGCACGAGCACGCCGAUGACGCUUUCGGGCAGCCGAGACUCGACGGCGAGCGGCAUGAGCGACGGGUCGCUCCUCGAAGGGAUCCCAUUCCUCGCGCCGUCGACGUCGUCGGCCGGCGCGACGGCCGGCACGCGCGCCGCGAGCACUAGCUCGGUCAGCCUCGGCCUGCCCGUCAACGUGACGGCGGCGGUCGAGAGCAGCGCGGCGUCGACGAACUCGGCGUCGGUCCGUGCGCCGUCCAUCGUCGACGGGCGCGACGGCCAGGACCAGGACGACGAGCCGCUCCCGGCACCUUUCCUCCCUUUCGCCGGCCAGCGCCCGACCUCGUCCAAGCCCGCUCCUUCGUCCUCGUCUGCCGGCGCCACUGCCGGCGCCAGCACCGAGCGCGUCCAAAGCGCCGCCAUCUCGGUCCGCAGCGGCUUCGGCUCGGGCCUGAGCCAGAUCCCGUUCCAGCUCGGGUUCCCGAGCGGGUUCGGCGACGACGGCUUUACCGACGCCGGCGACGACGACGACGACCUCGACGAGCGAGACCGCCGCAGCAUGAUGAGCGCCGGCGGCGAGUCGACGAUGGGCGGCGUGCCUCGGAGCGAGAACGGCCCAGGGUCGGUGCGGCAGAGCUACGCGAGCUCGACGGUGGGCGAGAGCGAGGACGAGCACGACGAGGGCGACGAGCAGGUCGUGCUCGUGCAGGCCGAGAGGACGGUGGUCGCGCCGGUCGCGACUGCUCCUGCGGCUCAAGCUGCUCCGUCACGAGUCGCCGCACGGUCCGCCGUCGACGACGAUGCCUCAAACCCGUUCGGCGCACACGCCGAGGUCGCCUCCUCGACCGACAGCGGCACCGCCGACCCUCGCGCCUCGAUGGACUCGCUCGCGCUCGCCAUGGGCCUCGCCGCCAACCUCGACGCCGAGGCGAGCUCUCGCGCCUGA